GGGGAGGGUGAAAAGACACGGCUUGCGCCUCGGCGCUCGCCUGCGCACACGAGGCGCGCUCUCACUUUCACGCAGCGCUCGCACUUUUAGCCGGGCGGCGUUGUGCGCGCGUCGAGGGCGGCGGCGGCGGCGGCGAUUCCGCGGGGUCGCAUCGCGUGUCUCCCCCAUCCAAGCACCGCCACCACCACUACUACUACUGCCAUCGUUAUCACUAGCAGCAGCACCACCACCACCGACUGCUCACAGCCACCGGCAACCGCCGGCACGAACUCCUUCCCCCCCACCACCACCACCCUCCUCCUCCUCCUCCCCACCGGCGUCUGAGGAGCUGCCGCGAUGACGGCGCGCGCGCACCGCGGGACAGAAGCGGCGGCGCGCGCCGUGCGGGGGGAUGCGCAAAGAUGGCGCGAGGGCGUCUGACCCCUCGGGCCGGGCCCGGCUCUCGGCGCCGCUGCCGCUGCUGCUGGUGGCGACGGUGGUAGUGGUGGUGGUGGUAGUGGUGGUGGUGACUCCCGCGGGCUCCUCUCGUGGGGGGCGGAGAGGGACCGACUUGUCCUCUGCGACCGCUUUUGCCCGGGCGACCCGGACGGCCGUCGCUUUCGCCGACCCGCAGCUCCUGCCGCUGCCGCUGCUGCUGCUGCCCGUAGUUGCGGCGUCUUUUUGUUGUUGUUGUUGUUGGUCUAAAGUGUGUGGUGUGGUGUGGGGGGGCGGUUUUUUUUUGCUUAUUAUUUUCGCUUCGCUUCCUCAUGGCCGUCUCCUACAACUACCUCAGCCUCUGGGCGCCGGUGACGGCGAUGCUGCUCACGCUUCUGGCCGGGCCCUGCGCGCCAAGCGAACUCGCCUUCCUCGAGGAGCCCCAGGACACAGUGGGCGUGCGGGGGCAGCCGCUGGCGCUGAGCUGCCGUGCUGAGGGCGUGCGGCCCAUCGCCGUGAGCUGGCGGCGAGAUGGCGUGGCUCUCGACCUGGCCAUGGACGGCGACGCGAGCAGCGGUCCCACGGCGGCGCCCCCCGCCGCAUCUGCUACCCCCGCCACGCACGCCCUCCUUCCCAACGGCUCGCUGUACAUCCCCUCGUUCCGCCGGAGCGCCGGUGGCCGCGAGGGGUCGGACGAGGGCGAGUACGAUUGCACGGCCCAGAAUCGCUUCGGCCUGCUGCUGAGCCGCCGUGCCCGUGUGCUGGCCUCAACACUGCCGCGGUUCAGCCAGCACCCACAGCCGGUUGUAGUGGAGGAAGGUGGCGUGGCCCGCUUCCAAUGCCUCAUCAACGCCCGGCCGGACCCGCUCGUCACCUGGGAGAAAAACCGUACAGCUCUGACAGAAGAUGACGACAGGUACACAUUUUUACCUUCUGGAGUCCUGCAGAUCACAGGUGUUCGGCCAGAGGACUCUGGUUACUUCCGUUGCAUAGCCAGCAAUGUGGCAGGACGGAGACGAAGCAUGGAUGCCCUUCUCACGGUCACACCGGCAGUUCCAGCGAAGUCGUCCAAGGACCCCGUGAUCCUGUCAGGCCCUCAGAACCUCACGCUGACGGUGCACCAGACUGCCAUCCUGGAGUGUAUCGCCACAGGGAACCCCCGGCCCAUUGUGUCCUGGAGCCGGCUGGACGGCCGCCCCAUCGGUGUGGAGGGCAUUCAGGUGGUGGGCACUGGCAAUCUAAUGAUUUCCGACGUAGCCGUGCAGCACGCCGGUGUGUACGUGUGUGCCGCCAACCGGCCAGGCACACGCGUUCGUCGCACUGCUCAGGGUCGCCUCAUCGUUCAGGCGCCACCGGAGUUCAUGCAGCCGCCCCAGUCGGUGACGCGAUCUCUGGGCGCGUCGGCUGUGCUCACUUGCUCCGCGCAAGGCACCCCGAGUCCGCGCAUCAUCUGGCUGCACAACGGGCUGCCCCUUCACCAGAGCGAGCGCGUCAGGUUGCAGAACGGCAACAGCACCCUCACGAUCCAGCGCGUGUGCAGCGAGGACGAGGGCAUCUACCAGUGCACGGCCGAGAACAGCGCCGGCUACACGCAGGCCAGCGCGCGCCUUGCCGUGCUGGGCUCCGACGGGCUGCCCGGCCCGCCGUGGGACCUGCGCGUGCGCGCCACCUCCGCCACCGCGGUGGAGCUGGCCUGGCGUGAGCCCCUGCAAAACCCCCACGGCGUCAUCGGCUACGUGCUGCACAUCCGCCGAGCUCAGGACUCGGAGGAUCAGGAGUAUCAGGAGGCAGUGAGCCAGACGACCGUACAGCACACGGUGUUGGAGCUCGAGCCAUCCACCCACUACACCUUCUACGUCAAGGCCUACUCGUCGGGUGGAGCGAGCCAGCCCUCCGACUACGUCACCGCUGAAACGCUCGGCGAAGUGCCUGCGGUUCCGGCCCUUUUCACGCGCAUCCUCAACAGCUCCGCCGUGCAGCUGAGUUGGGAGCCGUCGGUAAAGCUGGGCCGCAUCCGUGGCUUCAAGCUCUAUCACGGCAAGAUCUACUCGACGCGCCUGCAAGGGCCCCUGGAGCUCCCGGCAAAUGUCACCAGCUACGAACUCGCGCACCUCGAGUCCUACGCUUCGUACGAGGUUCGCCUGCUGGCCUUCAACGAAUUUGGAGACGGAAACUUCACAGCCCGACUCGUGUCACUCAAAGACAGCCCGCAGGCUGCAGUGUUGGAGCCAACCGGCACGGAUUGUGAGGGAGAUACGUGGCAAGAUGGGGCAUCUACCACAGGCAUCGUCAUCGGAAUCCACAUUGGCCUGGCUUGCAUCGUCAUCUGUGUCCUCUUCCUGCUUCUGGGAUACCGACGCAGGUUUUUCGGGUGGCCCGGCGCGAGCGAGGGACGCGCGGGUCGCCAGCACAGCAACGGGGCGGCCCCGGGCGGCGGCGGCGGCGGCGGCGGCGGUGGCAGGAUGAGGGCCAGGCAGCCGACCCCCGCCGUGGGCACCGAGAGGAAAGGGCCCCAGCAGCACCAGUCCACGCUGCUGCUCGCCGAGCCCCGCGAACUCGAGUGCUUGGUGUCGGAGCCUGACAUUUCUGACCUUGUUAAUGGAACAUUGAGCAAUGUUGAUAACGGCGUAUUGAUGGAUGGUGUCUGUGUGGACUUCGACUCUUCUUCGGUUCCACGUGGCAACCCGUUGGAUCAGCAGCAAAAGGCUCAGAACGUCCCUCAAGAGUCGCACUCCAUUGUGCACAGGAGCCAAGAGUCCUCCGAAGAGCUCAACCCUGACUUAACCUCGCAGUGCGAUACACAGCCGACCGCCAUCACGAGAGUGGAUUCAGCAGCUUCUGUGGAGAUUGUCUCGUAUGUGAGCGACCUUCAAGAAGUUUCAAAUGAAUCAAAGGAGGAGAGCAACUCUGACAUUUCAACGGAUGAGGCCCAAGAGACAAGUCUCCUAUCGAGUGGUGUGGUCACCAAUUCAUCCGCCGAUUCCUCCCCAAAACCAUUUUGCAAGCUGUUGGAGAAUGGCUGUGGGAAAGCAGCUGUGACGGAGAUUUCUGUCGCACUCCGAUAGGCCGGCUAACAACCAAGGAGCCUUUCCAAAUGUUUCAAAAGUACUUUUUAAUAUAACCACAAAUACCGUCUGAAUGUCGAAUUGCUAUUACCGAUUUCCAGUCCACUGUUUUGGUAUAGCACUGAUGAAGGAAUUUUCUGGAAUAAGCAACUACCUCAAGGUUAUUUUUUGUUAAUUUUUUACACUAUUUGAUAAUACAAUUGCUCAGAUGGAGAAGCUCCUUGCUCAGAUUUUGUCACAGGCCAGUGUUGUCACUCAGGUCAAAAGUUGAAACUCAAUGCCCAACGUAUCUACCUCAGGGCUAGCAGGAAACCCACGUGGCGUACGUGGGACUUUGUGAGGUCUCUUUCUUCCGUCAGGUACCAGAGUCAGCCUCUUGGUCUGGUGGAGAAGCCAGUACCAACAUACAUCGUCCGCUUCACAGCCUGGAACUGCAAGGGGCUAUCGGUGCUUUUUAUAGCUGGGACUUAUUACUACUGACACCUCUGUGUGGAACUUGCGGGGUUAAAGAAAAAAACAGAAACACGUUAUUGUUUUACAGACACGUGCAUAUUGUUAUGUCAUGUGUCUUAAUGUGUUUUUUUUUAUAUCAUCCAUCUGUUACAAAACUGUGUUGCUGUGGCAAGUCGAUAGGUUGGGCUGUGGCCUCUACCUCAGUGCAGUAUGAAUACCAACUCCACGAACAACGCUGGGCUCUUCAGACUCGCACAUUCCUUCCUCACAGGUGGCUGUUACGAGCUGUGUCUUCCAGACCCAACACUUUACCACACUCCGGCAGGCAAGCAAGCGUCACCAUAGGAUUCAGACAUUUUUUUUUCCGUGUGCUCCGUUCAGUGCAGAUGCCUUGAGCGUCCAGUUGGGCUUCUUAAAAAAAGUGAAUGUAGCCAAAGCCAGAAUAAUUUAUUUCUUUGGCAUGAUGCGCAUCUUUUAGUUGCUUGCUGAAAACCUAAGGGCAUUUUGGAAUUUUGUUAUUGAGGCUGAGACUUCAUAUUGUUAUAUAUUGAAAUUUAAUUUGUGUCAUACUCAAAAUCAUUGAGAGAUAAUGUCAAAUACUGUCGUUGGGCGGCAAUUGGAGAUACAACGGUUCAAGCCUUAAAGCAUUAGGAAGUCUAAAAUGUAUGAACAUUCAAUAUCAAACAAUGAUGAAAUCCAGCCUUCGCUGUUUUAUUAAUUAUCUUUCAUGUUUUGUGUUUUUUUAUUAACAAAGUUGAAAUGUGCAUAGAAUAUGUGUAUGACAAAGUGUUAUGUUUUUGUUCUCCAUUACAAAUCACUUGCAGUUCUCUCAAGGCAGUAAUUUUACAUAUUACAAGUAAUUUAAUGCCAGUAUGUAGAAAUGUCAGGUUUCAUGUUGUAAUGUUGAAGAAAUAUAUAUGUUAACAUUUCCUUGUUUUGUUUAUCCCUUUUGAAAUACACUUCGUUGAAGUGUAGACUAUAAAGGCAUGCUUCUUGACCAAAUCAUUUGUUUUAGUGGUGUGAAGAGAUGUAACUGAACCAUGUGUACAUUGAUGUAGUCCAAAGUAAAAGGUGUUUGUUUUAGAAGGAUUAAUUAUCCAUGCAUGACAAAUUGAGCAUAUGAUAUGUGGACAGUUAUUUUUAUUCACGAAGCACUUAGAUUACAGAUAUUAAAAUACGAUAACUCUAAAUUGCUGUAGUUGAUUACUUGUAAGUUUGGCUUUAAAUAACCUUUGUUGGUAUAUCUUUAUUUUAAAUCAAAACCAAAAUGUUUAAGUUUUUUUCGGGGGGGGGGGGGUAUUGUCAAACUACUGUAAAAUAUAAAUAUUUAAAAGUGUUAUUGAACAUUAAGGUAUCAUGUAUUCCUUUCUUGUUUGCCAAGUUAUAUUUUUUUGUGGAAAUGGUUUUCUGUAUACCAUGUUUUCACAGUCUAUGAAGCUUUAUCAGCAUUACUAGCUUGCUCUGUUUUAGUAGUGUUUAGUCAUUACAUGGCAACACAAGUUAAAUCCUGUAAGCGUAAAAAAUAAAAAUAAAAAAAUCUUGUGUUUUUGCAUGUUGUUUUGUAGAUUGUUAACGGCUUAUUAGGAGAACUAAAACUGCUCAGCUUAUCAUUAUAUUGCCUUCUAAGGACCUCUCAGACUUCAAACUGAUGAAGAAAAAACCAAAAUAUGUGUUCGUAUAAUGCUGGAAGGCUGCACACUAAUCUCAAGAAAUGUUGGUGCUCUUGAAAACAAAAAAAAACCGUCAGUAUUUUACUGGAACAUUGUGAAAUGACAGUGUUCUCACCUCGCAAACAAAUAUCGUGUUGUCUCACAUACGGCGAAGGAAAAAAAGCGUGAUCAAAUAUUGCGGAUGUGAUUAAAAAAAAAUGUUGGACAGUUAAUAAUACAGCUUUUAAAAAAAAAAUACUACCACAGUUCAAAACUCGCUCAUGAAUGCAAAACUCGCACAUCGGUAGUACCACGGCUUAGUUUCUCGUGGCCGUGUUGUGAAGCUCUGACGAUGCGCUGCCGGAACGUGCCGCGCGGCUGUUCGGCGCGAUGUCUGACAUUUAGCUCUGCAAGCUGGGAAAUUCAUGCCGAACAGCACGAAAAAAAACCCCAUAGACACAUCGGAGGAGCUCUCAAACACGAGAACUUGAUGCAUAACGCCAACGAAUAUCGAUCAAUCCGAGGCUUCUGCGGAAACCACAUUGUGACUGGCGUAUUAGCUCGCUUGGUUGACAGAUUGUGACCAAAGUAAUUGAGUGAAAUCCCAUCAAAUUCGAUGUUCCAUGAUUUGGCAGUGCUCUGAGAUUUGUCGAUGUGGUUGGCAUAGUGCAUGCAAUGGUUGAACUUGGUUGUGUCUACUGUAGCCGUGCAGCUGAAACACGUGGCUCUCUUGUGAUCGAGUGACCUUUGAGGAGCACAGACAUCUCAGGGAGGGAACAAACUCUUGUUUUAUACGUGUUUCCGGAUGAAUGUAAAAUAUUCACAGGGUAUUUUUUUACGCUGUCCGGUUUUUCUUAUCUGGGCAUUAUUUAGCAUUGGGGAAAUGCAAAUGAUCACACAUCCUCACAAUAUAACUUUGCAGCCAUUCAUCUUUGCGUUCACUAUGUAAUGUAAGGCAUUUGCAGGAAACCAUUGUUUGCUAGCAAACUUAGGUUAGCCAUGAACUGUAUCUCGAUGGUUACAUUUUUUUUCUUCCAGUGGACUGUGUGACCACUUGUAUGCUUGUGUUGACCGAUUGAUAUUCUUGUAACGAGAACACUUAGGGUGAAAACUAUGUGCGUACAUGACAUUGAUUUGUAUGUGUAUUGUAUUUUACCCUGAUUGAUAUGUGCUUUAAAAACAGUACAAGUAGAAGCAUUUAGGCGAAGUAGCUAAGUAUUGAGUAGGUUGCGGUAGUGAGUAGGAAAAAUGGACUCGGCUAUGGUUUAAACAAAUGUUAUUGAUCUACCUAUUGUAAUGCUUUGGAAAGAAAGUAAGCAAAUUUCCAGCAUGUGUUAGUGAAUAGCUUUGCUCGUGCGCUGAACCAUUGUUUGAAACCGCGUAAACCAAUGUGUUUUGAAUGUUUGACUCACCUCUAAGCCUCAGCCAUUUUCAUAGAAAAAAAACAUCACCGCCUCAUGGCACUUCAGUUAGAGCACUUUUGUACAUGGAAUUGAAGCAUUCACUUAAACACAAAACACCAUUUCACCAGAGUUGUUUUGCUUUAUACCGUUUGUAUUCUGUUCUCAUUGACAAAAGUAGCAGCCUUAAGCUGGGGUUGUCUAUUAAUCUCGAAAGUGAUGUAAAAAAUAAAUUGUCAUCAUAUAAGCUUACA